AUGGAUUGGGCAGUCAAAUCUGCCAGGAAAAAGACUAGAUUUAUUCAAGGUGGUUCUAGAUCGAUCGUUGAGUCGUUGAACCGCUUCAAUGAGGUGCUAACAGAGGGCCAAGACGCCAUAAGCGCGGCAUGUCUAGCUAGCAGUAAGUGGCUUGAUGACGAACUGCUGAAGAUUGGGAUGUGCGCCAAAAAUGAUAGUGGUGUUAAGAGCGGAAAAAACGAUACGGAACGCAAAGUCGCGCUGGAAGAAUCAACCCCGCAAAAGAUGAACUACAGGGCUGAUUCGCGUGCAACGCCAGGAACAAAGCUGGAAUCGAGCAAUGGACUAAUCCAAAGGCAAAGUGACGCGAAUGAUGAUGCAGAUAUGCACGAAGCAACAGCGUCACCCACAAGUGACGUUGAUAUCAGUCUCAAAGCGCAAAGUCGCACUUUGAAAUCGUCUCCAUGGUCGCCUUACAAGUCCGAGAGAACAACCUUCGCUCCUGAAUAUGUCCCACCACAAUCAUCCACCAAAACUGCAGGCAGUUUUGGCUUGAGUAGCGGGAACUCAUCUGGUGCUAGUAACGUACAUGCCUCGAAGAAUGAUCAACCAAACACGUCGAAAUCACCGUUGCAUACCGCAAAACACACUGCGCGUAUUUCUAUGCACGAAGGAAACAGCGUUCUCGACAAAGAAGUCUCCGAGAAACAACAUUUGUCGGAAAACGUGAGAACGGAGCGCUUGCCGCUACGUGACAGAUCACAACGCAGAUCAAAUAUGUUCAUUCCGUUGCCUGAUAAAGACCCUCUGGUGAUCCGUUCUACGGGAACUGACCAAGCACCAGUAAAAGAUCGCAGUGAUUCUACUAAUGAAAGGGUCGAUAAUUUUACAAAACACACAAGCUCCGAUUUCGUGAGUGGUCAUAGUCGACCGCCAACAAAAAACGUCAAACCCAGCUUUAGCAACGUAUUUGACCGCCUUGCCUCAAAGUCUACAGCUUCAUUCGACAAUAAAGCCUCUAGCAGAAGUCCUACAAGAGAAUUGAAAAGGUCGAAACACACGGGACUGAUACAUAAAGAGUCCACAGGAUCUCCAAAACAAAGAAGCUCUCCGAAGGUAGAUAACACUAAUCAAAGUAUUCAAAAAACUUUGAAAAGUAUCUUCGACUCUCAAAUUCCAAAGCUGACACAGGGCGCAAAAAUAGUUCACGGCAACGACGACGUUUUGACAAAUUCAGAUUCGAAUAGAACCAGAACCCCACUAAUAGCAAAGCUUAGUGGACGCACUGUCGUUUCUCCCAGCUCUAUCGCAAGACGAACGAAUCUUUUAGCAGGCUUUUCUUCCAACAAUGGAAUGGAGACGUCACCCUCUCGACACCUCAUUCGUACAAGCGCCCAAAACACUGUACGCAAUCACACGAACACUAUAACUAGAUCAGGGUCCUUCUACGACUCAGGAGUCAACAGAAAAGAAACCCGGACCUCCAGGCACGGGAGCUUGAGUGGAGAGCAACUUGGAAGUCCUUCCUUUCAAAAUACCGAUCAGAAGAAAGCAGCAAACCAUACGGAACAGCAUUUUAACCAACCUGCUCACACUGAGGAGCUUAGCAAUGAGCGCAGGCGUGAUGAUUAUGACGAGGUCUCGGAAGCUCAAGGAGUGCGGCCAAAACAGGCCCAAGACCGUUUAACAAAGUUCCAACUUCUACCACUGGUGGCUUCUGAAAGGCAAGAUGUGAAGAAGAAGCUUGAUAAAAGACUAUCUGAGGUUAUUCGAAGCCAGAAAGAACAAAAUAAGAGAGGUCAUGAGAAACUCAAAAGAAAAUCGACUAUAGAGGAGGACGUCAAGCAGAGAAAGUCACGCAUCUUCCAAGAUGCAGCAGAUGCUUACAAAGGUUCAAAGAGUUUUUGUGCGGUAGGCGACGCAAGUGAAACGUCACUAAGCAAACCUCGCAACACGAUACUGUACGACUUGAACACGAAGGAUCACAGGCAGAUGAUAAACGGAGUCUCAGAAGAAACUAACGCAGGCGAUACGACCCUUCCGGAUAUCGACUCCGAUUCUGAUGCUGAAGACGGUUCCAUUUUAGCGCCUUGGGCGCGCUCUCCAUAUUUACAAGAGCAGCUCCUAGCUCAACAAGAUUGGGAUCCUGAAUCAAUAUUUGGGCCUAUACCUCCAUUGCAUACAGAUGAAAUUUUCCAGAACUCUCGAUUGUCUAAGCUGAAAAGCAGACAGUCCAUUUCUCGGCACAACACGGGUGUCUAA